AUGCUUCCUGAUGCGACAAUCGACAGUGCAGCUGACAAGCUUGCCGAGUUCCGCAAUAGCAACGCCCUCAAUGAUAUUCUCGACCAGUACGCUAUUCUCAUUGAAGAUUAUAAGCGUCUAAAAAGCGACUAUGAAGAGGAGCGUGAGGGCAGAGAGCGCUACAAGCAGCUCGCAAGAGGUCAAGAGCGUAAUCCUUUUGCUCUCGUAGUCGUUGACGGAGAUGGUUACAUCUUUGACGAACGCUUCGUCAAAGACGGUGAAGAAGGCGGGAGCAGAGCCGCCAAGCAACUCAACGACACUAUUAAAGAUAGUCUACGCCGCAAAGGUCUCGAAUCCUGCGAGGUCAUGGUCCGCGUCUACGCCAACCUCACAGGCCUAUCAAAAGCGCUCUGCAAGAACGGCCUCGCCGGCGCAGAGAAGCGCUCCUUCUCAUCCUUCACAGCCGGGUUUAACCGCUCUUACGGCCUCGCUGACUUCAUCGACGCGGGCGAGUUAAAAGAAAACGCCGACUUUAAAGUCAAGGCCAUUCUGCGCCUGUACGCCGACAACGCCCAGUGCAAGCAUAUUUACUUCGCAGCCUGCCACGACGUGGGCUACGUAUCCGACCUUAUCCCCUUUAGGGGCAACCGUGAAAGAUUCACGCUUAUUCGAACGCCGAGUGUGUUGUUUCAUAAGGAGUUUGACAGACUCGGUAUGAAUGUUGAGGAACUCCCUGGCGUGUUCCGCCAUGUGCCACUGACAUACGCUUAUUCUACUGCGCAAACAAAAGCGGCUCUUGCGUCGUCCAACAAUAUGGGCAAAGCCGUCAGCGCACCUUACACAAAUUCUACGAUCAAAGGAAACUCGAAUGAUGGGAACACGGUCUGCAACUUUUAUGCACAAGGAAAUUGCCGAUAUGGCAGCGGCUGCAAGUUCUCUCACGGCGACAGUAAAACAUCCAGUCAGAAUAGCACACCUUCGCCAUCAACCUACGGCACAAGCACAAAGAACCUGACAGGUGAUUGGCGACGGGGCUCCAGCAUCACCAAAAGUAACAUCGAGUCUCUGCCUCGAAAGGAGGAUAUCCCAGAUGGAUGUGUUGCCAUCAACGCUGUUGAAGACCGCCUUGACGCUUACUUGCCCCCGCCUGACCCCGAAGCCGCAAGACGUCUCAAGCUGCUAUCGCAGGAAAAGAAAUUCUGCAAUAAUGCACAGCUGUAUAAUUCAUGCGAGAGCGACAACUGCGGAUAUGAGCAUGCACCAAUUGAUAAAGACCUGCUCCCAGCACUCGAACAUCUGUCACGUUCCGUACCUUAUUACUCCCCAGUCGAUUAUGUUGAGGCUGUUGAUCAGGCUAUGAUGUCCCCGUCCCUACACUCUGAAGAUGUCGAUGGGCGCAAUACCGAGAAUGGGGGGACUAAUCUGUGGGGAGAUCAGUAA